AAAUGUCAAUAAUAAGGUAGGCUAUAGCUACUUAAGUUAGGCCUAUGUUACUAAGUUACUCUGUUUCCGGGUCUAGCGAACAGGAUUUGUUGCAGUUUCGUGAUGACAUAUUAUUUCAUUAGAAACAUGGAUAGCCUAUGCAUUGUGUAAAAACACGACGUUUAUGCUUUAAAGCAAUGCUUCCAAAACACAUGACUUAAACUGCACUUUUAUACAUUUACUCCCUUUUAUUGUGCUGUUUGUCGAAUUGUUAUGGCUCUUACGAUGCAUAAUUGUAUUGUUUCAAUGUAUUGCUAUACUUGCAGUUCUUAUCUUAAAGUUGCCAUUAAAGUUAGCAUACGCGCCCUCAUGCAAAACCUGUCUGACUUCUCCAGUUAUGGAAUUACAUUUGUUUCAAUAAUAAUGAACGAAACGUUAUAAAACUGAACGUAACUUUUUCAGAAACUAUCAAAAAUAUGCCUUGUUUAUGAUUAGCUCAGCGUUAACAAAUGAAUCCUUAUAGUAAAAAAAAAUCAGAUUCCGAAAACAAAAAGAAACUAGAAAAUAUAGUUCUAAGUGGGACUUUUAAGAUUACCAAAAGGGGGUUAAAACAUUUUAAGACAGAAGGAAAUUCAAGAAAAUAAUUCAGUGUGAUGUCUUUGAAUUGCCCAGUUAGAUUUUAUUCCAAUACAAUGAAUUGGGAUAUGAUAAACAUUACACAACAUUCAUUUUCAUUUAAUGAUUGAUGCUUCAUUUUCUCAAGUCAUAGGGGUCUGUGUCCUGAGGAAGCUACAAGCCAUGAGUGACAAGGAACAGGGUUGGAUGCCACUGGUUUCAGAACAGACUGCCGUUCUGGCAAGGUGUGGUGAAGCCUUUUGUCAUGCUGUUAAUGUCAAAUUUAAUUGCACGGCUAUUCUCCGCAAUGUGGAAGAGGUUGGGUCCAUUGGUAGUAGCACAAGUGGUGUCUGGCGCGCUGAGAAGAGGUACUCCACAAAGCUGUCCAGCGGAGUCGAAGUGUCAGUCUGGAAAGAUGAUCUUACACGUCACAAAGUGGAGGCUGUGGUCAAUGCAGCCAAUGAGAAACUAAAUCAUGGAGGUGGUCUUGCACAAGCACUGUGUGCGGCUGGAGGACCAAUGAUCCAGAAAUGGAGUGAUGUCAUUAUACAAAAAUAUGGACGAGUGAAAGUUGGUGAGGCUGUGCACACUUCUGCUGGAGAUCUACCGUGUAAAUAUAUCAUACAUGCUGUUGGUCCCUGCUUGUCUCCAAACCCAUCCAAGUGGGAGACUGAUCAAGCUGCACCACACUUAUAUAAUGCAAUCAACAGUAUCCUAUGUAUUGUCUUAAAGGAAAACAUUUCCUCUGUUGCAAUUCCUGCCUUAAGUUCUGGCCUUUUCCAUUUUCCAAGAGAUCGCUGUGCAGACAUUAUUGUAAAGGCUAUAAAACAGUUUGAUGAAUUCACAAAGUUUCAAAGCAACUUAGAAAUCCAUCUAGUCAAUAAUGAUGAACCCUCGGUCCAAGAAAUGGAGAGAGCAGUUAAGGCGAUUUUGGUGCAGUCCAGCAUCUCUGGCACAUACAGUGGAGCUGUUCAGAGCAGCAUGGCUUUGUCUUCAAACAGCAAGUUCAAAUUUUGGAAUGUAACACUGCAACUUAAAACAGGGGCUAUUGAAGAAGAAAAGGUUCAUGUAAUUGUGAAUACAAUUUCAGAAGAUUGUAAUUUGUCAUUGGGGCUGAUUUCAAAAGCAAUUUUGAACAAAGCUGGCAGAAAGAUUCAAGAAGAGAUUUCCAGAGGAAAACACCAUAAAUCCACAAAUGUCCAUGUGACAAAAGGAUAUAAUCUGAAUUGUGAUGCAGUUUAUCAUACUGUUUGCGUAGUUAGAUCUGACCCUAUGGCCACACAGAUUCUUCAUAAUGUGGUCUCAGAAUGUCUGAGGAAAGCUUCAAUGGGAUACAAAUCCAUCUCCUUCCCAGCUAUUGGUACUGGUAAUCUGGGCUUUAAGAAAUUUGAGGUUGCCAGAAUCAUGACAGAUGCUGUGGCAAAUUUUGCCAAAAGUAACAUGAAAGAACUGGAUGUAAACUUUGUUGUGUAUCCAAAGGACAAGGAGAUGAUGGAGGCUUUUGAAAACGAGAUGAAAAUGAGGACAAGAGCAGCAGAGUCCCCAGUAGUGUACAAUGACAUAAAAACAAACUUUGCAUUUGCAGCCAGUGAAACCACUGCACAUAAAAUGCCAUCUGUUGAGUUCGACAGUGUUUCCAGGGAAGCUCUGAGAGAAGCAAAAGAGUGGACAACCAAUAUGCUAAAGCCAUCAGAUAUCAUGACAAUAAAGAAUAAUCAUGUCAUAUAUCUUGGACAAGAUGACCAUGCAAGUCUUCUCUCUCUCCAAACAAUGUUGAAUGUUCGCAUUGAGGAGUUCUUCAGGAAUGGUAAAGGUGGCAUAACCAUCACUGGAAACCCUUCAAAUGUCAGUUGUGCAGCAAUUGAGGUGGAGUCCAUGCUUUGCAAGGCUCAGGAGGAGUUCGCACAAGCUGAGGAACGUGACAUGCUGUAUUCUGUUGUUCGCUGGAGCUGUAAAGAUGUACCUUGGAUACAAACACCUGAAAUCAGUGCAGAUUUGGAGAAAGCUUAUUUGGCAGGGAAUGUAAACCAUGAGAUUAAUACCCACAAAGUCAACUUGAUGAACAAGACUUUGGUUGAUGACUAUGGGAGAAGCAGCAAUGUGGAAAGGACAUGUCUGCUGGAUCGUUUUGAGUCUCUCAAAAAUUCAUUUUAUUCAAGAACACCUGAGACCAGGAAUGAUUAUGUUGGAAAAGAACCAUGGAAAGCCCUUAAUGUUGUAAAGAAGGAGAAGCUAGAGAACAUUGCACUGAAGCAGCUGUUCAAAAUGAAUAUGCAGAGAUUGAAUGACAAACCGAAGUGCCUCUACCAGCGUGUGUCCGCUCAGUUCUGUGAUCUCAUCUGCAGAGUAGGCUUUCAGAAAGAGUUUGCACCUCCUGCAGAGCAAAGGUAUGGCAGUGGAAUAUACUUCAGCAGUACAGUCGAUGGAGCAAUGAAGCUGUGGAAAGACCAGGAACAUGAGCAGUACAUCUACAUCAUUCAAGCCCAGGUCCUCACUGGGAAGUCCACUAUUGGUUCCCCACAUCAUAUUUUGCCCCCUCCCUUACAUGGAGACCCUUUAGAUCGUUAUGAUAGCUUGUCUGACAUGUUGCAGACAUAUGUCAUCUUCAAUGGCCAGCAAGCUCUUCCUGAAUACCUGAUCAUAUAUACCAGAUAAAGCCAUGUGUAAAGAUGCACAGAGCAAAAUGCAAACACAGAUAACAUAAUUUUUUUUAGGGCAAAUUUAUGGUUGGAUAUGUAGAUUUUCAAAACACUAAUUUUUUUAAAUAUAAAAAAAAAGGCACAGACAGUGUUAUGUCCAAUGACAGAUUCUCUUUUAUGUUAUCUACACUCUCUAUUGAUUUCUUUUUGUGGUUGUUUCUGUCUCCUCCUCCUCUGGUUCCUCCCACUCUUUCCAGUAGGCAGUAAUUGAUUGCCUUUUUCAGCUGCACCUGCUCACCAGCUGAGAAGCUGAGAAGCAGUAUAAAAGCUGAGCAUAACUCUCAGAAGAUGAGACCUUCUCUCUAGAGCAUGUCCUGUGUCCAGUCCAGUCCAGCUCAGCUCAGCGUAGUUUGUAGAAGCCAUUUGUGAUUCUGUAUGGUUGUUUAUCUUCGUUAAUGCAAAGAAUGGUUGACUAACUUUCUGUUGCUGUUAGAAGCUCUUGCUAAACUUUGUGCUCUGUGAUGAGCAAGAUAUUUCAAAGUUACUCAGCCUAGAGGUUUGCUGUUUUAAAGUUAAUUAGUCUCUUCCUGCAUUACCAACUGCUUAAACAGAUACUCUCUUGAUUGAUUCUUUGUUUCCCUAUUGGAAGCUGUAGGAAGGUGGUUGCCUUUUUUUCUUUUUGUACUUUUUGAAAGUUUUGUCCUGGUUUGAGGAUUAGAUCGGGGAGAGAGUAUAUAAUUUUUAUUUUUAUAUAUUUUUUUAAACUGUUUAGAAUGUCUAAAAGAAAAGAGAUGCAUAAUUUUUUUUUUUUGUUGCCAUUGUUCCCCCUCAAGUUUUUUUUUUUUUUUUUUUUUUGCUUUUCUCUUAAUCAUGUGCACUCCAAGCUGUUAAUAAAGCCUGUUAAAGGGA